CCAUUUCUCCUCAUUCCAAUUCACACGCACCAAAGUCGCUUUUGAAGAAAGAGAGAAAUUUAACAAUGGAUUCAAGAACCACAAGCGCUUUAGACAUUUUCUUGAUUCUCAACAUCCUCUUCUUCACAACAAUCUCAGCCUGCGGUAACUGCGGUUGCCCUUCUCCCAAGCCAAAACCUAACUCUGAACCUAAACCAACCCCAAGCCCUAGCCCUGCCACAGCCAAAUGCCCUAGAGACGCCCUGAAGCUUGGGGUCUGCGCCAACGUGCUCAACGGUCUACUCAACGUUACCCUUGGCCAACCACCGGUCGAGCCAUGUUGCACGCUUAUAAAAGGACUCGCUGAUCUUGAGGCUGCUGCUUGUCUCUGCACCGCGCUCAAAGCUAAUAUCCUCGGGAACAACUUGAACAUCCCGAUCUCUCUCAGUCUGCUUCUCAAUGUUUGUAGCAAAAAGGUUCCCCCUGGCUUCCAAUGCUAAUAAAGAUUCUAAUCAUAUACAAUCAUCACACUUCAUGUAAACAUACAUAUCGUCUUUGUUUCUGGUGUUUUGUGUGCGUGUUUAUUUAUGUAUGUGUGUAUGUGAUUCCUACAACUCUAAACUUCACAGUUACUUUUAUUUUGGUUUCUUAUACAGUCAUUCGUGGUGAUGUUGUAUCA